AUGAAUAGGUUCAAUCUACCGGGCUCAUUUUAUAUAGAACCAAAUAGUAGUAAUACUAUUAUUGCAUCAAGAGGAGGAGGAUCAUCAUCAACAUCAACAUCAACAUCAAUAUCUAAUAAUGAAACUCAACAAAAGAUACAAUUUGAAAUUAGUCAGUUAAUUCAUCAAAAAACUAAAAAUCAAUAUGAUUUAUUAAGUCAUUUAGAAUUUUUAAGUUAUAUGAUUAUUUUUUAUCAAUUUAUGAAAUAUUGUCAUUUAGCUUGUUUAAUACCUUUGAUUUUACAUUUAUCUUUACAAAUGAUUUUAAAUUCAAAAUUGAUUACUCAUAAUGAUGAAUAUCCUCAAAUUAUUGCUCUUAUAAUGGGGAAUAACAAUGAUGAUGAUAAUAAUAAUAAUGAAGAGGGAGAAGAUGAUCUGGAAUCAAGAAAUCGAGUAUAUCAUACAUUUGUACAUAAUUAUUGUUAUUUCUUAUAUAUGAAAACUAUAUUUGUGUUGAUUUAUCAUACUUUAUUCAUAUGUGCUUGGGUAAUAUCAAUAGUUAAUUCUGGACAAUUAGAUAAAUUACAACAUGGUACAUGGUGGUUAAUAUCAUUUAUUGGAGAAGAAACUCCUAAUGUGUCUCCAUCUACUCCAUAUUUUACUAAAUUAUACAAGUUGGGAUUGUUUCAAUUAUUAUUUACAGAUUUAUUAAUAUUAUUCAUUCAAUUAAGUUUAUAUCAAAGUAUUUUUAAACAAUCAGAUGCUUUUCAUAUAGAAAGAAGAUUGGAUGAAAAAGAAGUUUAUAUAAUUAGAAAAGAUUCUCAUAGUCAAAUUGUUGUUGAUGACGGGAGUGUCAAAGUUGAUGAUGAAGGAAUUCCAACUGUUUUGAAAAUCCGACUAUAUGAUUGUUUUGAAACUGAUGCCUAUCAAUAA